UGCCCUCUCGUUGUCUGUAAUUACUCACCCAUUUUUCACCAUUUAAGAAAGAAAGGAAAUGGCUGCCGUCGCUUCCGCCACCACCGCCCCUUCACUUGACAAAGCAGUCGAAGAACUGGCCAUAAACACCAGUGCACCGCCGGAGAAAUUUAUCCGCAAAGAAGGCCUUGGAGGCUCCACCUCUGGGCUUCCAUAUCUUGAUAUUCCAGUUCUGGAUCUUAGUCUUCUGAAUUCUUCAACACCUGAAGCUGAAGAAGAACUCAAAAAACUAAGACUUGGUUUUAGCUCAUGUGGCUACUUUCAGGCAAUAAAUCAUGGGAUAGAUACUUCAUUUAUUGAUGAAGUACAUGAUGUGACCAGGAAAUUUUUCAAACUUCCGAUGGAAGAGAAGAAGAAAUAUGCAAGAGAUGUUGAUGAUAUUGAUGGCUAUGGAAACGACACCGUAUACUCUGAGAACCAAACACUUGAUUGGAAUGACAGAUUGUAUCUCAAUGUGAAGCCUGAGAACAGGAGGAAGAUGAAAGUGUGGCCUGAACACCCUACAAAUUUUAGGCAAAUUUUGCUAGAUCUUACAGCCAAAUUAGAGAAUGUUAAUGAAAUUGUGUCCAAGGCCAUGGCAAAAUCACUGGGUUUGGAGGAGGACUGUUUCGUAAAACAGUAUGGAGAGAAUCCAAUAGCUCUUGCAAGAUUCAACUUGUAUCCUCCAUGUCCUACGCCUGAUCUUGUUCUUGCUGCCAAAGCACAUGGAGAUGCAUCUGCAAUGACUUAUCUCUUGCAAGAUAAAGAAGUUGAAGGUCUUCAAGCCCUUAAAGAUGAUAAAUGGUAUAAAGUUCGGAUUGUUCCGGACGCUAUUGUCGUUAACGUUGGUGACCAAAUAGAGAUAAUGACUAAUGGUAUAUUCAAGAGCCCAAUUCAUAGGGUUGCAACAAAUCGAGAAAGAGAGAGGAUGACAAUUGCUGUUUUCUUCACUCCUGACGCAACCAGUGAAGUUAAACCAGCUGAAGGGCUUAUUGAUGAGAAAAAUCCCAUAUUAUACAAUAGUAUAAUCGAUUACACUGGUAAUUAUUUCCGUUUAUUUCAGCAAGGGAAGAGGCCAAUUGAUGCUCUCAAAGUUUGAUGCCGAAAGUCAAAUAUAAGGCUUAAAUCUCAGUUACUGCAGCUUAAUUUUGUGCUUGGGAUCGAGCAGCAGGAUGCAACUCUAUUAUAAUAUAUAAAGAAUUUCAAAGCUAUGGAAUAAAGUUUAGAUAAUUUUACUAUUUGAUAUGUAUUUGGUGUUGGUGUGUUUGUAGCUUGUAACGUUUUUUCGUGUGAUAUCCAAAUAGUACAUUAAUAAUAACUUAUUUUCUGUUUAA